AUGACUGACAGAGGCUUAUUGCACAUGGAGAGCGGUCCUGUGAUUGACAUGCCAGUGCCUGCCAGCUUCAACGAUAUCACCCAAGACCCCACCCUGGAGAACUACAUCGGCUGGGUUUGGUAUGAGAAGGAGGUGCUGCUUCCUCUCCGCUGGCUCCAGGAUGACCUCAACACCAGAGUGGUGCUCCGUUUUGGCAGUGCCCAUUACUACUCCAUUGUGUGGGUCAACGGAGUGCAAGUUGUGGAGCACGAAGGGGGCCACCUCCCUUUUGAAGCAGAUAUAAGCAGCAUCGUCCAGGGCAGCCCAGGGAUCCCCUGCCGCAUCACUGUUGCGCUCAACAACACUCUGACACCCUAUACUCUGCCUCCGGGGUCCAUUCAGUACAUGAAUGACAAAACAAGGUAUCCCAAGAACUAUUUUGUACAGAACACCAGGUUUGAUUUCUUUAAUUAUGCUGGAAUCCAUCGCCCGGUUGUGCUUUACACCACUCCUUCUGUCUACAUAGAUGAUAUUACUGUGACAACUGCUUCAUCAGAGAGCGUUGCAAUGGUGCAUUAUCAGGUGUCGGUUGUUGGCAGCACACGCUAUUCCUUGUCCCUGAGUUUACGUGACCAAGAGGGGAAAGUGGUUGCUACAGGCGAUGGGCCGGUUGGAGAUCUGAAAGUCCUGAACCCACAUCUUUGGUGGCCUUACCUGAUGCACGAGAACCCUGGGUACCGCUACUCCUUAGAGGUGAAAAUGCAGGCGCAGGCGAACGGGGCGUUGCUGGAGGACACGUACACGCUCCCGGUCGGCAUCCGCACCGUCCACGUCACCAGCACGCAGUUCCUCAUCAACGGCAGGCCCUUCUACUUCCCCCGGCCCCACCAACACAGCCACUACCCCUACGCUGAGGAGAUCAUGGACCUGUGCGAUGCCUACGGCAUCGUGGUGAUCGACGAGUGCCCGGCGGUGGGGAUUAAAAUGCCCGAGAGCUUUGGGAACAAGUCCUUGCAGCAUCAUCUCGUCGUGAUGGAGGAGCUGAUCCGCAGGGAUAAGAACAGGCCAUCAGUCGUGAUGUGGUCAGUAGCCAACGAGCCGGCAUCAGACCUGCCCCCAGCAGCUUACUACUUUAAGACAGUGAUAGCUCGCACUAAAGCUCUCGAUCCCUCCAGACCAGUAACCUUUGUGACAAAUGUUAAUUACGCGCUUGAUCGUGGUGCUCCUUAUGUGGACAUAAUUUGUGUAAACAGCUAUUUCUCCUGGUAUCACGACCAAGGCCAUCUGGAAGUUAUUCCAAUACAACUCACAACACAGUUUGAGAACUGGUAUAAAACCUACCAAAGGCCCAUUAUCCAGAGUGAAUAUGGAGCAGACUCGAUUCCUGGACUUCACAGUGAUCCACCUCUUAUGUUCAGUGAGGAGUACCAGAAAGCUAUGCUAAGAGAGUACCAUUCUGGUUUUGACAAAAAGAGGAAGGAGUAUUUGAUUGGGGAGCUCAUAUGGAAUUUUGCUGAUUUCAUGACUAAUCAAGGGACCACACGUGUUUUGGGGAACAGGAAAGGAAUAUUUACCCGCCAACGACAGCCCAAAUCAGCUGCAUUUGUUCUUAGAGAAAGAUACUGGAAGAUUGCAAAUGAAUCAAGCUGUCUUCCUCCUAUAAUGAAAUCACACACCCUCUUUCUAAAAUGAAAUCAAAAGGUAUAGUGGCUGGGUACGAUGCUCAACUUAUUCAUUAAAUUUGUUUAAAUA